AUGAAUAACACAACCAUCAACUGUAGAAUCGCUGACAUCCCGUCCAUUUAUAAUGCACCGGCCAUCAUCAUCACCUCCAGCCUGGGCUUAGUGGCCAACGUGCUGGCUUUGUGGAUCUUCUGCUUUUACCUCAAGUCCUGGAAGCCCAACACUGUCUACUCCCUGAACCUGGCCAUCGCAGACCUGAUGCUCGCUGUGUUCUGCUUGCCGUUCCGGGCAGACUACUUUGUGCGUGGGAAGAACUGGGUGUUUGGUGAUGUGAUGUGCCGCAUUAACGUGUUCUUAGUCUCCCUGAAUCGCGCUGCAAGUAUUGCCUUCCUGAUGGUGAUGGCGAUGAACCGCUACUUCAAAGUCAUGCACCCUUACCACAGGGUCAGCAGGAUCUCGGGGCUGUGUGCUGUGAAGGUGUCUUGCCUACUGUGGGCGGAGAGCGUGGCCAUUACUGCCUACCUCCUGGCUGAAUCUCACGACUUCAAACACGACAGCAAGACCCUCUGCGAGAACUUCAACAUGGACAACCCACUGGGCACAGCAUCCUUUAUCUGGCACAAUGUGGUCUUUAUCUUCUUCAAAUUCACCCUGCCCAUCUGUAUCCUCCUUUUUUCCACCUUCGGCAUCGUCUUCAAGAUCAGGCAGAUGAGCCCUGAACUCAGACACAAGUACAGGAAGACCAUCAAGCUCCUUGCCGCUGUGGCGAUAGUCUUUGUCUUGUGUUUCUUGCCGACCAGCGUGGCGCUGAUAGCCGUGGUUGUCCACAGGAGGACCAAGGAUCUCAAUUGUAGGAGCUAUGAGGUUUCAGUCCAGGUGUUUUAUAACACUCUGUUCGUCACCUACUUCAACAUCGUGCUGGAUCCCAUCGUUUACUACUUCUCCAGCUCGGUGUUUCAGACCGCCUUCAGGAGGGCGCUCAACACCUGCCGCUCGGGGGCAGCCACCGACACCGAGGCUCCUUCCCAGGAGGGAGAGCUUGACGACAAGCCGAUGAAACGGAGUCCAGUUGACUGCCAAACCACCGAAACAUUCAGUGACUGA